GUUGGUGUGGUUGGCGCGACAUUUCUGGAUGCAUUUCUCAGAAGUUCUUCUGCUUUUUAAUAUCGUACGAACAACAAAUGAGACACCUGGAGCUGCAUGAGAAGCCCCCUCAUAAUAUUAUGUAGAGACCUCUUCUAACGAAGUCCAUUGAGCGAGGUCAUAUCAAAUUCAACAUGGAAGAGUUCACUGAUGCUUCUUUUGACCAACAUGCACAUUCUGAUUCAGGAACCGAAACAUUUGCAUACCAUGAGGAAGAUUCAGUGGAUAUUUAUGCUGACAUGGAGGGCACCCCACAGAAGAAUGAUCAUUCAGGAAAGACGUGCAGAUCCUCCUCCUCUCCAAUGCCGGGUGAAUCACUGGACUUAUUUGAAGAAAUUAUUGUUGAGGAAAGGCUGAAGAAGGAGGCAACUUUCACUGAGAUGAAGACUAAAUUUGAGGAAACUCAGAAUCAACUUCAAGAAUUGGUCCAGAAGUUGCAGCUAGUGGAAACACAGAAUGGAACAUUGCAAGCCGAGAAUACACUUCUUAAGAAGAAUCUCUGUUCACUCAUCAAAACCGCAAAGAAUGAGAUUGGACGCAAGGAUGCAGAAAUAAAUAGACUGAGCGAAAGCAGAUCUGGCAGAGGGAGUUUCGAGCAGACCUACCGUCGACCUCAAUGGAACCAGCACGCAAGUCAUUCAAUUCCUGGGCCAAGUGGGAAAAGAGACAACUUCUCGGCGUCUAUCUCUGAAAGGGGAAAUUACGAUGUGGAGCUCCUGGCGAAACACACACCAGAACGGACCCAUUUCACACCACUGUCAACCACAGAAUUGCCAAGAGCAAAGGAUUCAAAUGUGGGUAGCAAUCUCAACAGCAGUGCCUCUACAUCUUUGGAUUCUGCACAUGGCCGUGUACCUGGCCUCCACCAUAUACCAAAUCGUGGAAGCCUUAAUCCAACAGCCACUGCCCCGUGUUCAGGAUACAGAAGUGAAAACAAUGCAGAAGUGCAGGAAGGCUCAGUGAUGGUACCGCCAACGCCAGACUCGGUGCAGAAUAUGAAUGAGAAACAUUCCUCCUGCCGCAGUAACUUGCGACAUCUUAAUCCUUCAGCUUCAGAGAAGUCUACCUCAAGUAAAUACAAAGAUGGAUCUCAAAAGCACAAAAGUCCACCUCUGUGUCUUACAUCAUCAUCAUCUGAAACAUCUAAAGCGCCCUCUAAAGACUUUUCCGACGACCUUUCAGAAAGAAGUAGAGUAGGUAGAGAAACGGAUGCUUCCACUUGUGGCCAAAGGCCCCAACACAGUAACAGCUCAGAGCGAUCCAGAGACUUGUCUAGACACAAAAGAGACAAAAGUCCGCCUCUGCGUCUUUCAUCAACUGACAUUUCUAAAGAGCCCACUAAAGACUCUUCUGAAGACCUGUCGAAAAGAAGUAGAGUCCGUAGAGAAAUGGAAGGCUCUACUAGCGGCCAACACGACGCCAGCUCAGAAAAGCCCAAAAUCUCAAGUCACAAGUCUAAAGUGCUCACUAAAGACCACACAGAGGACCUGUCAAAAAGAAGUAGAGUUGUCCGAGAAAUAGAUGGCUCUACUCACAGCCAACACAAAACCAGCUCAGCAAGGCCCAUAGUCCUGUCCAGUCACAACAGAGACAAAAGUGCACCUCUGUGUCAAACGUCAUCUGAGAUUUCUAAAGGAUCCGCUAAAGACUUUCCCGAAGACCCGUCAUUGGAAGUUGGUCGAGAAACGGAAGGUUCUGCUCGCAGACAAGGGUCCCAUCACAAAACCAGCUCAGAGAGGCCCAGAGUCUCAUCCAGCCACAAGAGAGACAAAGGUCCAUCUCCCUGUCUAACGACUACAUCUGAAAUUUCCAAAGGGCCCACUAAAGACCACUCUGAAGGCCUGUCGGAUGAGAGAGAUGGUAGGGAAAUGGAAGGCUCUACUUACAGUCGACACAGCGCCAACUCAGAGAACCCCAGAUUCUUAUCCAGCCACAAGAAAGACAAAAUUCCACCUCUGUGUCUUACCUCAUCUGAAAUUUCUAAAGGAGCCUCUAAAGACUUUUCCAGAGACCUGUCGGAAGUUGGUAGAGAAAUAGAAGGUUCUAUUCAUGACCAAGGGUCCCAUCUCAGUAACAUUCCAGACGGGGACAUAGUCUCAUCUAAGCACAAGAGAGACAGAAAUCCACCUCUGUGUUUAACUUCAUCAUCUGAAAAUUCUGAAGGACCCGCUAAAGUCUUUUCCAAAGAUGUGUCGGAAGCUGAUAAAGAAACAGAAGGUCCUUCUCACAACAAAGAGUCCCAUCACAGUAGCAGCUUAGAACGGGUCAGAGGCUUGUCUAGACACAAGAAGGACAAAAAUCCACCUCUCAGUCUCACACCAUCUGAAACUUUUGAAGGGCCUGCUGGAGACGGUUCUGAAGACCUGUUGAAAAAAAGAGGAGUUGGCAGAGAAAUGGGAAGCUCUACUGGUGACCAACACAACACCAGCUCAGAAAAGCCCAGAGUCUCUUCAAAACACAAGAGAGACAGAAGUCAUCCGUUAUCAUCAUUUCAAAGAGAAUCUGAAGGUUCUACGCAAGGCCACAAAAGAAACAAAAGUCCAGCAAGGAAUGACUAUAAAGAACAGAGAAAAAAGGAGCAAAGGAAAGAAUGUACCAACACGGAAAGUACUCACUGGAGAGCAGACAAAAAAAGAGACCAUGAACUCCGAAAAUCAGAAAGGAGGAAAGAGGGAUCUCGUAGCAAUCGAGAAUCCACUGAUAGAAGUAUGAAGCAGAAAGGGAUUGACAAAGCUCCUGAGAGGAGGUCUGAUAGAGAAAGAAGAUCGGGUGUGUCGUCCAAUGUGUUUGGCAGUAACCGAGAAGACGGCUCUUCACAGAAGAAAGACAAGCAGAAGGAAUACAAAGAUGGAGAAAGGCAAACAGAACAGACUGAAAACAACCCCUCAAGUAAAGUGAAGCUCCUUACCACAUCUGAGAAACCUACCUGUAAGCAUGUUGAUGAACAAAUGCAUAUAGGUGUUAUUUAUCAUUCCAGUAGGGAGACUGUGAUCGAGUGUAGGAAAGCAAAGACAACUGUAGACACAGGACAUGUGCAGAUGAAGUCAAAGCCCCCUAAGAAUGACCAUGAUAAAGAUGAUGACCAAGAAAAAAGGCAGGAUCGUCCUGCAACACAGGGAAGAGGCAUUGUACCAUUUCAGGAAUUGGCAGAAGAUGCAAGGCCAGUUGAUGAAGAAAACAGUCCCAACCGAAAACUGUCUUUCAUGGAAACUCUAAAUCUUACGCUGUCACCUGUUAAAAAACAAAAUCAGAAUCAGAAUGAGUCAACUGAAGCAGGAUCUCUAGAGAAAAGUCAUCUUAAUGACACGGGUGAAGAAUUUUUUGUCAUCGACGAGUUGGAGGCCUCUGCUGACGAAAGUCAUGUGCGUGAUGCGGCAGUUUCCCCGGUGUCUUCAAGUAAAUUUCAAGUGGACCUUGAUGACUGCAACAAAACAUCUGCAGUAGAGAAUGAAAUAUCUAUUUCUGAUGGAUGCAACAAAGGAUUUCCACAGGAGAAUAAAACCUCUGUGUCUGCUGGUCGCAACAAAACAUCUCCACUGAAGAGUGAAACCUCUGUGUCUUCUGGUACGGACCUGACAUCCAGUUCACAGGCUGAUGUACUAAAAGCGGAUGCUGAGAAGCAAAAUGUGGAUUGUUUUCUGCCCUCUUCAGAAGUUGCUGAGAAGGUUACAGCAACCACUGGCAAAAACACAACACCUGUUCCACAAGAAGAGAGCAUGCAUGGUAGCAAGUCUGCCUAUUCUAACAAAGCAGCGACACUUGAAAAUAACAUUGUCACUUCUGUUUCUACAAAAACCCACACAGUUAGUGAAAGUUGUGUGAAUGUUGCAAAAGGUAAUGCACAUACCACAGAACCAGUCAUUCAUAACAUCACAGAAACCGCUAAAGAAAAUGGUCAAAGAAAUGUGUUGGAUACCACAACAGCAUCAUUGGUGUGUGCAGGCAUGUUCCAAGACAGGCAAGCUUCUGAAAAGGACUUUGGCAUGAGUAGCCACAAAGAAAUUGCACCACCCACUGAAAGCUGUGUUCACCUGGACUCUGUAUCUAGUACAGUAAACUUGACUCCUCCAUCUGGCCCUUGUAGUUCUGCCAUUCUACAAGGUCCAAGCAUCUCAACCAAGGAACCUGAAAGACCUGAAGAGUUGGAGUCCCGAGGCUUAUCAAGAGAGCUAUUAAGUGAAGUAUCUAAAGUAAGCAGCACUACAAGAAAGGACUCAGUAUUACAAGAAAAAGUAGUUGCAAGCUCAAAUGAAACCCCACAGCAUAUAGUUGAGGGCUGUGAACCAGAUUCAACAGAGAAUACAGAACACAACUCAGAACCCUCAAGUUCCACUCUGCUACCCCCAGAUGAGGAUUCGAUGAUGCUCACCCUGAAAACCAUUAAAUUCAUCCCUGAUGCCAUCAGUCCACUCACAAGUCCAGUUCGUCCAGUGAAGAAAGUGCAGCCACCAUCCCCCGGGAAGCAGACUCACGUGAAAAGUCUCAGUAUAGAUUUGCAGCAUGCCUCUCUUGAAGACAAUACCAGCACAAAAGCUGUGGAUGUGAAUAAAGAGAACAAGAAACCUGAGUGCUCCAUGCCAGCUCCAGAAGCUUCCUCGACAGACCACAAUAAGCAGGAGGAUCUCGAAGAAGGGGAGAUUGUUAGUGAAGAUGAAACCGACGAAGCUCCUGUGACUGAAAAAAGUCCUAACACCCCUCCUCAAGAUGGCAAGAAAUGUAAAGCUGUGAAAAAUGGCCACAGUAAAACUGUCCUCAUGAAAAUGCAUUCCAAAAGGAAUUCCAAGGAUUUGGAACCAAAAGUUGGCCGUAACAGCACAAGGCCAGUUACAAUCAGUCCUCCCGGUAAAAGGCGUUUCAAAACCGUUCCACCACCUGACCCAAAAGCGCUGCCCCCUUCAUCCACUACUGUCGAGGAAAUCAUGAAUAUGUUCAAAAUAAUCCGGUCACAGCUGAGAAAGAAAUAUAUGAAGCUACACAAAAGCUUUCCCAAGAAGACCUUCACUUCUGUCAUUGAAAUGUCUAACUUGUCCUUUACAGAUUUGGUCAGUAGUUUAAAUCUGCAUGCACUGUGUGACCAAGAAAGUGUUAUGAAAGCCAAGCUGAAGAAGAUCAUUAUAAAUGUAAUGAACAAAGUUGGUGACAAUGGGAUUGUGAACCGUAUCUUUGAACAAAACUCUCACAACCUUAAGUCAAAGCUGUGGGCUUUUGUAGAAGGACAGUUGGACUUCUUAUUUAAAGAAAUACAGACAGCCCUUUCAGGUUCAUCACCACUUUUGGACAGUAAGCCACUUUUAGAGAGCGGUCACACUGAGAAUCCUGACAAAACGGUCAAAGUUCAAAAGAGGCGAGAUGUGUCUCCUUGUGAAAUUGCAGCAAAAAGGCCGGUUGAAGAGACUUCCAUUGUGAAGACCAAGGACAGUAAGCCACUUUUGAAGAGGGCUCACACUGAAAAUCCUGACAAAACGGGUGAAGUCCAAAAGAAACCAGAUGUGUCUCCUUGUGACACUUCAGCAAAAAGACCAACGGAGGCGAACCUCAUUGUGAAGGCCAAAAACAAGCCACUUUUACAGAGGGCUCACACUGAGAAUCCUGACAAAGUGACAAACGUUAAAAAGAAACAAGAAGUGUCUCCCAAAGAUACUACAGCAAAGGUAGAAGAAAUCUCAACUGUGAGGACCAAGGAAGGCCCUGUCGUGUCAACACCCGGCCCACCUCGAAGGCCUGUAUACCCAACUGGACUUGGCAGUAGGGGGAAAAAUCUGAAGAUGAGGAGUCUGGAGGAAACCGAUGAAGAUGCCAGUACCUCCAGCUCCCAUGAAAAGGUUCCACAAACCUCAUCUCAAGAUCUGGUAACAGACAAGUCUGUGGAGAGAGUGAGCACACUUGUUCGCCAAAUGUCACACUCUGGCUCGGUUUUGGACAAAGCAGAGUUUGAGAUUCUCACUGAGCAGCAGACAUCUAGCUUAACAUUUAAUUUGGUCUCCGAUUCACAGAUGGGAGACAUUUUUAAGAGUCUCUUACAAGGCUCUGAUCUUCUGGAAAAUAGCACCUCCCUUGCAGACAAUCAAAGUUGGCUGUUGGCCACCCCUAAAAAAGACCUCUCUUCUGACAGGAGUUUGCUCACUGCAAUGUUGAGCCCCACCAAAUUUGGCACACCUUCCAAACUUAUGGCAGCGUGGGCUUCCAUCUCUCCAUGCAAGUUUCUCUCGCCAACUCCCAAGGUUCCAGUGCCCCUAAAUCCUGCGGCACUGGAUGAAAGUUGUCUCUUGGAGAUCCCUUCCAGCCCUGGGCCCAGCAGAGAGCCACCACUAUCAACUUCUGCAUCUUUGCUGAGAACCUAUUCGAUUUUGGCUGAAGAUCUGGCCGUCUCUCUCACCAUUCCUUCACCCCUGAAAACAGACAGUCGCCUCAGCUUUUUGCACCCGGCCAUCGAAGAGCCUGUCCCGACUCCUCCGGAGGUUCUAAGUGCUCAUUUCAGCGAGGAUGCCGUUCUUGAUGGCGAGGACGCUACUGAGCAUGACAUUCAUUUAUCACUCGACACGGACAACUCCAGUGAGGCAAGCAGUGCAACCGGACAUACCUGGGGUGGUAGCAGCAGAGAGCCAUCCAGAGAAGCCUUCCAGAUCAAACCUCAUAUGCCUAUGCAGGCAGUGGUGACUGAGCGGUCUAACGAUCACUUCAUUGUCAAAAUUAGACACGCAUCCACAGUCAAUCUUGCUGUUGCUGCACCUGCACCUGAGAUUGCCCAGGUGGCUUCUCUGAGUUCAUCCGAGGCCUCAAGCUCAAGCUCAUCUGACAUUGACGGCUCUGUCAUGCCUGCCAAAAUUAGACAUGCGUCCACAGUCAAUUCUGCUGUUCCUGCACCUGCAUCUGCUCCUGAGAUCGUCCGGGUGGCUCUUCUGAGCUCAUCCGAGGCCUCAAGCUCAAGCUCAUCUGCGAUUGACGGCUCUGUCAUGCCUGGUGUCGAACAAACUCCUCAUGAAACAACAGGAGAUUUUCCGAUGCGGAAAAGUGGACCUGAGAGGCUACAGACCACGCUCUCAGACAAAAAUUACGGUUGUGGCACGAUGAGCUCUAAGUCGCAUGUUGACCUGCCCGUUAUACCUGCCGAGCUAUCUGAAGGACGUAUUACUGUAACUACGUGUACGACUAAGGAUGUAGUGGGUGCUCCUUCCCAGGACAACAACAAUGGCUAUAUGAAGAAAAGAAAAAGGAAAAGUCAUCAUAUCGAGCCAGGGUUUAACACACAUGUUGACUUGCCUGUUCCGCCAUAUGCCAUUCCUGAUGAUGUUCAGCUAAGACACAUUGAGGACUGUGGCACACCGGGCUCAAAGGUGCUUGCUGAUUUGCCUGUUCCGCCUGUUACGAAAGCUGAAGCUCACCAAGAACAGUUUGAUGCGACAACGUGUUUAUCUAAGGAUGAGGCUGGUGCUCUUUGUCAGGACAACAUCAAUGGUCAGAUGAAGAAAAGGAAGAAAAAAAGACAUCACGUGGAGCCAAAACCGAAACGAGCCAAAACCGAAGCAGUUGGAGGUAAACAUGGCAAGAAAAAACGUGCGAAAAAGGCAAAACGCAGCAAAAAGCGAGACGUGCUGUCGACACCCAAAAAGAAGAAAGCUGCAGCCCCAUCUCCACAGCUGUCCCCACAGAGUCUCUCGGCUAAGAAUGUGGUCAGGAAACGCGGCGAAGUGGUGGCGACCUGGACAAGAGAGGAGGAUCGGAAUAUUCUCCUGGAGUUAAAGACAAAAGGGCCAUCAAGGGACACCUUCUCGGAUUUAUCAGAAAAACUGAAAAAGUCACCCUCUCAGAUCGCAGAGCGGUUCUCCCAGUUGAUGAAGCUCUUCAAGAAGAAAGAGAAGAUGGACGGCUCGUAGCGCAAGGAGAUGUUGAAUUGCUCAGUCUCAACCUUGUUUGUCUGUUGCUUUGACUGAAACUUCUCUCUGAUUUCUGUGGUUGUUUCAUAAUACAGCUAAAGAUACUAAAAACCACUGAGCCGGGAUAAUGCACUUUCAAGUGCAGAGUUGUCUCUUGUGCCAAGUGAUGUAAGGGUGAAUGCUGACUUCUAACAGGAACAUGGGUCUUUUGGACUGAUUUUAAAAACAUAUUUAUACAGCAUUUUAAAAAUGGAAGUGGGUCGGUGGAGGAGUUGAGAUUUGAUUUCACAGCGGUUCAUUUUAUGUCUUUGUGUGUCUUGUAUGAAACAUGAAGACCUCUCGUGACCACGUCUAAGGAAAUAUCUCAAGGGGUAGGCGCUGCACAGUAAACAGGAGUGAUGUGACAAGAUGAUGUGUUGCUGAAUUACUGUAUAAACCAUUUCUCUCAAAUGGAAGAGAUUGACCGUUGGAAUAUUCUUGGAAGCGAAUUUCAGUCUUGUUACUGUAUCAUAAACCAUUAAUAAAUCAGGACUCACAUUUAGGGUACUAAUGAAAGACUUAACUGUUUCAACGUCUUAGACAGUUCUGCCACGUUGAGCUGAUGGUUAACAGACAGUGAAUAAUGAGCACUACCUGGUUACAACACUGUCUGGUUCUUGAAAGUAUUUUUUGUUUUGUUUAGGGAGGUAUUAUUCCUGAGUUUGGAUAUGAAGUGCCUGUGAAUGUGGAGUGUACAUAGUAACAGUAUCACUGUACAUAUUCUAUAUAUUCUGUUUGAAUUUGGAUUUAAUCCUAAUGAUGAGCAUUAGUGGAGACGCACUAUGAGGAGAUUUCUGAGGGGCUCCUCGCUGUAAAUUGUAUUUUCUGUAUAUGAUGUGAAAUUGUCCAAAAUCCUUUCUUUUUAAUUAAAGGUUAUUUAUUUA